AUGUCGGGCAUCAGGGUACUGCUACAGAAAAUCCUGAUCCUUCUGCAGGUUACCCUGUCUGUUGUUGUGGGCAAAACACUGAUGAUACUGUUCCCCAACGCCAUGAAGAGAUACAUCCUGAAGAUGGGUGAAAAGAGCAGAAUGAACAGAAAUCCAAAGUUCAGCUAUGAAAACUGGGGCCCGACCUUUUUCAGCUUCAAGUAUUUGCAGUUUGUGCUGAAGGUGAAGUGGAAGAGGCUGGAGGAUGAAGCCUACGAGGGACAGCCUGCUCCCAACACACCCGUGGUGACCCUCGGCGGGGAAGUUUGUCACCUCCUGGAUUUCCUGAAAGAUAAUCGACCUUUAAUCCUGAACUUUGGAAGCUGCACCUGACCUUCAUUUAUGCUAAAAUUUGAUGAGUUCAACAAGCUCAUCAAAGAUUUCAGCUCAAUAGCAGAUUUCCUUAUCAUCUACAUUGAGGAAGCUCACGCAGUAGAUGGAUGGGCUUUUAAAAACAAUGUCAUUAUUAAAAAUCACAGAAGCCUUGAAGAUCGAAAAAAUGCAGCAGAGUUUCUUCAGAAAAAUCACCCUCUGUGUCCAGUGGUUUUAGACACUAUGGAAAACCUGACCAGCUCAAAAUACGCCGCGCUGCCAGAGCGACUCUACAUGCUCCAGGGAGGGAAGGUCAUCUACAAGGGAGGAGUGGGGCCUUGGAAUUACCACCCCCAGGAAAUACGUGCCAUCCUGGAAAAAAUGAAAUAG